CUAGCUGACCCGACCGCGCACGAACCCUAGCUAUCUGAGAGCUGCGACCCUUGCCCCCCUUCGGAGCUGCUGGUCUGGAUCCCCCUCCUCCAUCUCCGCCUCCCUCGCGGGUCCCGGCGCAAGGCACGGCAAAGGCGGCGGCGGCGGCCACAGGGGCAGCGCGCGCGCUCCGGCAGUGAGCGGCCAUGGUGCUCGGCAAGGUCGCCAUCGUCAUCGGCUCCGGGAUCGUUGGAACAGUACUGACGGGCGGUGAGUCCAGCCUUCCGGACUUCAGGGAUGUAAUCUCCGGUGCUUUCAAGUUCAUGACCAAGGGCGCAAAGAAAGGCAAGGACGGGCCAUCUACCAGCAGUCCGCAUACUGCUCAGUUGUUGACUCAGGUCAAUUAUCUCAGAGAAGAGCUGCAGAUGCUGUCGAAAUCAAAUCAUGUUGCUAUUGUCACCGUCGACGGUAGACCUGGCCCUGGCGCAUAUGGUAUAACAGCUGUUGUUAUCGGAGCUAUUGGCUAUUUAUUCAUUAGAUGGAAGGGGUGGAAACUUUCUGAUAUGAUGUUUGUGACAAAGCGUGGCUUAUCUGAUGCUUGCAAUGUAGUGGGGAAACAAGUGGAUCAGGUUUCAGAAAGUGUUCAUGCUGCAAAGAGACAUCUGGCUGGAAGAAUUGAUCGUGUAGAUUGUAGUUUAGAUGAAUGUCAAGAAAUUACAGAAGCCACAAGGAAAGAGGUUACAAUCAUCCAUGGGGAUCUAAGUGCCUUCCAGAAGGAAAUGGAAACAGUUCAUCUUGUAGUUCGAAGUCUGGAGACAAAACUUGGACGCCUAGCUUAUACUCAGGAUCGCACAACUCGCGGAAUAUAUGACUUGUGCGAAUUCACUAAAAGAUUGGAGCAGAGCCCGAAAGCUGAUACUCGUCAGGUUACAUCAUCAACUCCUCGUCCUGCUAUUGAAUCUUCAGAGAGAGUUGCUAAGACUGUUUCUUUGCCCCCAGCUUUGGAACCAGAGUCUCCUCCAGCCCAGUCACCUAGACCAGAGGCACCUAAGGUUGUGCGCUCUACAACCAUGUCAGCAUCAGGACUUAAUAUGCUAGUUGGAACUACAAUGCCACCUAAAAGAGAUCACCAGGGUGUUGUUAGCAGAUCAAGUUCUAUGAAGGAAGGGUCCUCUGAGUUACCAAGUGGUGCGCCAAGCGCAGCAGAACCGAGCCCCAGGAGAUCUGGUAGUUCAACCCUGUUUGGAGGGUUUGGCUUUCUAAGGAGCUACACCAGCUGAGACAUAUGUGCUCAGAUAGGUAGCUUUCUUAUCCAAAGAAGACUUCAGCUUGAGCUGUAUACGUAGGUAGUAGAAAAUAGGGCAGUUGCCAAAAGUACAGCACCAUUUUCCUAUUGGGAAUUGCGAAUUUUGUAGGAACUAAUACCUCGCAGAGCAACGCCUCGAUGCCAAGAACUACAUCGCUGUUUAAAUUAUACUGUUGAUCUAGAUGCUGGAAGAGAAACAUCGUGCCUUGUGGAUGGGAGGGGCUGUAUAUUGCGGUGGAUUUUGAUGUAAUUACCGGUGACAGUACUACCUGAAUACAUUUUGGGUUGGGUGCACUUGCAACUAAAUUUUUUUGCUUUGCUA